UAUAUGAUCUACAACAAGGUGGCUAACGAUACAGUUCGUCUACCGGUUCAUUAUUAAAUUAUCUCCAACAUGGUGGCUAACGAUACAGUUCAUCUACCGGUUCAUUAUUAAAUGAUCUCCAGCAUGGUGGCUAACGAUUCAGUUCGUCUACCGGUUCAUUAUUAAAUGAUCUCCAACAUGGUGGCUAACGGAUACAGUUCAUCUACUGGUUCAUUAUUAAAUGAUCUCCAACAUGGUGGCUAACGAUACAGUUCAUCUACCGGUUCAUUAUUAUAUGAUCUCCAACGUGAUGGUUCCUCUACCAGUUCGUUACUAAAAUACGCGCCAACAUGGAUUAGUUUUAUUAUAUGUAUGUUAGGUCUCGUCAUAAUGAACAAUUCUAGUUUUAAAGAAAUUCGUCUGAAUGCUGAAAACGAAACAACCAUAAGAUGUUUCCAGGCAACAUUUGACAUAACCAUCCCAAUCAUUGUGUUUAUUGACCUUACACUUGCUUUGUUUGCUGUUUUGGGGAAUACGCUAGUCCUGGUCGCCGUGUAUCGGUUCCCUUGGUUACGCACUAUCACCAACAUGUUCGUUGUAAGCCUAGCUGUUGCUGAUUUAUUGGUUGGGCUCAACGUGCCCUUCUAUGUGCUCUUCUACUUUGACCUGCCUCUGGUGUGUAGUAAAUACAGUUGUCUGCUUCGAUAUUGGUUCGUAAUCUACGCCUCGGGCUGCUCGAUGCUUUGUCUCAUGGGAGUUGCCGUCGAUCGGUACGUCGCCAUUUUGCAUCCAUUGUCGUAUCAUCGCAUCAUGAGAUACCGCUGUGUCUCGGGUUACAUAGCGGUCGUGUGGGUGUACAUGGGGGUCAUCAGUUCGCUCCCCUUGGUCGGUAUCGGAGAAACCUUCGACUCUGCCAAAGAAUGUGACUUGUACUACCUUCACUCGAGCACCUACGCUUUAAUAGUUGUGGCAUUUCACGUCCUUCUAACCCUAAUUAUCACUACCGUUCUGCAUUGCAUCGUCUUCUGCGAAGCGUGGAAACAGUCACGAGCUGUGGCCGCCUUAAAAGUGAAUAGUCGUGUCCGCCAAGAGGCGCGCAUGACAUGGACGAUGGUGUUAGUCCUAGGUGUAUGUUUACUGGGAUUUUUGCCAUAUUUAAUCGUAAUCAGUCUUCGUUACUUGGAUGAGACGUACCAGGAGCUGUUCGGGUUCCUCAAGCGAUUUAUUGUUUGUCUGUACUUUGGGAAGUCUGCUGUAAAUCCUGUCAUCUAUGGUUGGAAAAACAGAGACUUCAGAAUUGCCUUUAAAAAGAUGUUUCACGUGGAAGAAACUGCGGUCAACUUCCCAUGAUGAAAUGACGUCAGUAUCCAGAAAAUUCCGCCUCAUUCUUGUAUUC